GCCGGCUUGUUGUGGUCUUGAGUGUCUUCAAAUGAGUGUGUCCGGCGCUGUGAUGUUUAAGUUGACCUGUCCAGCCUGAAGGACACAGACCCUCUGAGGCAGAAAAACAUGGAUAAAUUUGUGGUUCGCACCCCAAAGCAGGCGGAGGACGGAAAGCAGGAAAAGCCGUCCUCAGAGCGGGUUUACAGACAGGCCACUCUGGAGUCAUUGAAGAGAGUGGUUGUGAUUGAGGACAUUGAAAGGUACAAGUCCAUUCUUGAACUGCCUGGCCAGACCAAGGACAACAUGUUAAUGGCACUGACAGAGCUGGACAAGAAAGUCCCUUCUAAAGAGGUGCUAAGGUCGACCAAGAUUGGCCACACGGUUAACAAGCUGCGCAAACAGCAUCCAGACGCCGAAGUGAAGGCUUUGGCACGAGAAGUCUACACACACUGGAGAACGUUCAUCGAGGAGAACGCCAACAAACCGUCAAUAGAGGUCCGCUGUGAUAAACAGACCGAAGGACUCCGGAGCAACGCUGUGAAACUCCUCUCUGAAAGCAUCGGCUUGGAGGUUAACGACGGACUGGUUGAGAACAUCGAGAGGGAAGUGUUUCACCAGUGCUCACGGCUGGUCAGCGGAGUCUACAGGAGGACUGUUAGAGCUCUCGUCUUUGCUCUCAAACACAAGCCUGAUAUCAGAGCACAAGUGAAGGACGGUAAAGUCCCUGUGAACGUAUUCGUGAGCAACCAUAAGAAGAAACCGUGAGAUGAAGACAGACUGGAAGCAUCCUUCAGCCACUGGAAUUCAGAAAGCAUCUUUUUCGGUCACUUUUUAUAAAACGUUUUUGUUUUUAAUAGUUUUUUUUAACAGCAAAAGAUCAAUAUUACAAUAAUCUGUGACUGUGUACACAUAAAGCAUCAUCUGACCAUUAGAUUCUCUUUAAAGACUUGAGUAAAUCCCAGCUCAUUAAUCUUUAUUUAAAGGAAAAGUUUUGAUGGUGAUUUAUCCAUCCAUCCAUCCAUCCAUCCAUUUUCCAAGCCGCUUCUCCGUCAGGGUUGCGGGAGGUGCUGGAGCCUAUCCCAGCAGUUAUCGGGCGGAAGGCAGGAUACACCCUGGACAGGUCGCACAUAUUACAACAGCAUGGCUCCGUAUUUAAAGAGUCUGGGUGCUAACUGGCCUGCCUGCAGUCCAGACAUGCCACCCAUUGAAAAGAUUUUGUGCAUUAUGGAAUGAAAAAUACGACAAAGGAGGCCCUGAACUGUUUAGCAGCUGGAAUCCUAUUUAAAGCAAGAAUGGGAAAACAUUUCUUUUUUAAAAACUACAUCAAUCUUUCUCUUCAGUGCCCAGAUGCCUACAAUGUUGCUAAAAGUAGAGGUGAUGAAACACAGUGGUAAAAAUGCCCCCGUCCCAACUAUUUUGAAAUAUGUUGCUGGCAUUAAAUCCAAAAUGGGCAUAUAUUUAAAAAAUUAAAACAAUACAAUUUCUCAGA